AUGUGUAUUUUGAUUGGUGUACGUUGACUCGUAUUAUAACCUAUUCUAUUUUCUUAAUAUUUAAUAUUAAUCAAUUUAUAUUGGUAAGAAGAUUGUGAAUUACUAAAAUGGCCAAAGUUAAGAACAAACGUAACUUUGGUAAUGCUGACAAAGUCCACACAAAGAGAAAAGCCGAAGCAAAUAAGAAGAAACUAAAUCCAUUCGAAGUUCACAUUAAUAGAGAAAAAUUAAAAGUCUUAGGCAAAAAGUCUAAACAUGACCGUGGUUUGCCUGGUGUAUCUCGUGCUAAAGCUAUACAAAAGAGAAAGGAAACUCUCGGUGUUGAAAUGAAGGUAAUGAAUAAAACAAAUGCGUUCAUUGACCGACGUAUCGGUGAGAAAAACACACAACUGUCAGCUGAAGACAGAAUGAUAGCAAGGUUUGCUGCGGAAAGAGCUAAGCAGCAUAGUAAGAAAAAUAUUUAUAAUUUGGCUGAUGAUGAGAUUUUGACACAUAGAGGUCAAACUUUGGAACAGAUUGAGAAAUUUGACGACCCAAGAUCUGAUGAUGAAGAUGAUGAGGGUGGGAAAAGGUUUGGUGGUCUAGACGAUGAAUUUGUAUCAGACGGUCAUUUCGGAGGUGGUAUUUUAUCCAAAACUGACGCACAAGAUGGUGCUAAAUCACAUAAAGAUUUAAUUGAGCAGUUGAUAGCGGAAUCGAAGAAAAGAAAGGCAGAGAAACAGAAGGAAAAAGAACAGACAUUGGAUCUGACGGAGAAGUUAGAUAGUGAAUGGAAGGAUUUACAACCGGUUGUGUUUAAGAAAGCGAGAGUUGAAGAGUCUUUGAUAGAUAAGUUGCUAAGUAAAGCAGAUAAGGGCCAAGAUUACGAUAAAAUGAUGCGAGAACUCAAAUUUGAAAAGAGAGGAACUCCAUCAGAUGGACUAAAAAGUACAGAAAAGCAGGAAGCAGAAGAAAGAAAGAAGUUGGAGGAGUUAGAGAGGCAGAGGGAACAGAGAAUGUUGCCAGAAGAAGAAAUAAAUGUGUCUAAAUCUAAUCCUGCUAUUUUAAAACACAGGUCAGCGGACGAUUUGGACGAUAACUUCGAACUGGAAGACGAAAAAGAAUUCAUGUUGGCUUACGAUAAAGAUGGGAAACCUUUGGUACCUGAAAAUGUAUUGAAAGAUUUUACAGUUCCAAAUGCAAAACCUAAAUUCGAUGAUGGAAUAUCAGACACAUCAUCAGAAGGUGAAGAUGAAGAAGGCAGUGAAAGUGACGAUGAUGAUAAUGGUAACGAAAAUGAAGAAAAUACAAAAGAAAAUAGUAUUGAAGGAAAGGAUUUGAAUGCUAAGAAUAUUGAAUCUGAAGCAUCUAGUGAUGAAAAUGAUGAAGGUGAUGAUGAUGAAAGCGAUAAUGACGAAGAUAACAAAUUAAAUAAACCUAAAGUAAAUGGUGUCAGUAAUGACGUAGAAUCUGAACAUUCGGAUGAUGAAUCUGGUAGUGAUGAUAAUGAUGAUGAUGUUAAAAAUGAUGAAUUCGAUGAUUUAGGAGAUUUAAAGGAAUCAGAAGAGGAAACGGAUGAUGAAAUUUUAGAAGAGAGUAGUCAAAAGAUAGAAUCGUUUUUCAAUUUGAAAUCUGAGGAAGGAACUAAUCUAAAAGAAUUGCUAACAGGAAAAUCUCCUUCACAACAAUCAGCAGCAUUACAAAAAUUGAUAAAAAGCUACGAUCCCAGUUUAUCUGAGAAUAAUAAAGAAUUAUUAAGUAGAUUGUACGCACACAUGUUGCAAUACGUCAACGAUAUUUUCUCAAAUCUCAACGAUGAAGGAGAAAUUAUGAAAUCAUUUCUGAUAUUUAACAAAUUGGUUCCACAUUUUUACGACUUAGCUCACACCAACAAAGUCUCAUCAAAGAAAUUUAUGUGCGAUUUAUUAAAAGAAAAACAUGAUAAAUUCAAAAAGUAUCCCAAAAAAGUACCCGAUUUAGAUACAUUGAUAUUUUUCAAACUAAUAUCUCUUUUAUACCCGACAUCAGAUUUCCGACAUCCAGUUACGACACCAUCUUUGAUUUUUAUGUCAGAAAUUCUAGCUUCUUGCAGAUUUAAAGAUGCAUAUUCAGUUUCUAGAGGUUUUUUCGUUAAUGCAUUAAUUUUAGAAUACACAGUACUAUCUAAAAGAUUCGUCCCCGCUGGAGUUAAUUUUCUACGCGGCGUUUUAUAUUUAAGCGCGAACACUUCAGUAUUAAAUCCAAUCCAAGUGGUGCCGCCAUUUCGUUUGCACAAAGAUGUCAAAAUUUUGAAUUUAGAAGACGAUUGUUCUAAAAUUGCGUUCGAAAACAAAAUGUCCACGAAGGAUUUAAUCAGAAUUGAAAUUGACAAUGCGUUCAAGAUUACUUGCUUAUAUAAUUGUGUAUUAAUGUUGAAAGAAUUUUUUGAUAAUUACAACGAUUUGGAGGCACAGGAGGCUAUUUUUGAAGCGCAUAUAAAAUUAUUGGGCAGAUUGGAUAUAGAUUUGUAUCCGAAGAAAGUUAGAAGUACUGUAUCCGAGGUGUUACAGCAUAUGAAAGAGAGUUUGGAAGUUAAAACUUUUACGCCGUUGGCGAGAGAGAAAGUUAGACCUAAAGCGUUAAGAUUAUAUGAACCUGACAUUCAAGAAGUAUUCACCGGCAGUAAGAGUUCUAAGCUGUCACGUGAGAAGGCAGAGAAGGCAAGACUGCAGGGUAAAUAUAAGAAGGAGAUGAAGGGAGCGCUGAGGGAGAUAAGAAGAGACAAGGCGUAUAUCGCAUCCGUUAAGAUACGACAGAAGAUUCACAGUGACAAUAUUCGCAAGGAAAAGGUGAAACAGAUUUACAAAGAUGCUUCAAUACAACAGGGAGAGUUGAACAAAUUGAAACGAAUGAAAUGACAUUGAUUAAAACUUUAUUCAUUAUGUAAAUAUAAUGAUAUCACAAA